AUGGCCCCCAGAAAGUCACCAUUCGAUCUGCAGACGUGCGCGCGAGCCAACAUUCUGGCAUUGGAGCCGUACCGCUGCGCGCGCGAUGACUAUAAGGACGAUGGCACGAACAUCUUGCUCGACGCCAACGAGAACGCUUACGGCCCUGGACUAGCAAUAAGUGGCGACGGCAAACUAUCUGGCGUGACUGAUUCAGCGUCUUCAAUAGAUGUUGACCUGCUCGGACUGAACCGCUACCCAGACCCCCUCCGCAACACCCACCACCACACAUCAAAGGCCAUCACUCCCGACCACCUUUUCGUCGGCGUCGGCUCUGACGAAGCCAUUGACGCUCUCAUCCGCGCUUUUUGCGUCCCCGGCCGCGAAAAGAUCCUCGUCUGCCCACCCACAUAUGGCAUGUACAGCGUAUCCGCCCAAGUCAACGAUAUAUCGCUCGUCAAGAUCCCACUACAAGUCCCAAGCUUCGAUCUCGACAUACCCGCCAUCCUAGACGCAUUAUCUGCAGAUUCAAACAUCAAGCUCGCAUACCUCUGCUCGCCAGGAAAUCCAACAGGCAAAGUGCUCAAGAAAUCAGACAUACAGCAGGUUCUCGAACACCCGAGCUGGAACGGCGUCGUGGUGGUGGACGAGGCAUACAUCGACUUUGCGCCCGAGGGCGCCAGUCUAGCAGAAUGGGUCACCGAGUGGCCGAACCUUGUCGUUAUGCAGACACUCUCCAAAGCGUUUGGACUUGACCCAGCUAUCGCGCGCAUCCUCAAUAACAUGAAGGCGCCAUACAACAUUUCAAAUCCGACGAGUCAGCUUGCGCGCGCAGCGCUGAGCCCGGAACACCUGGGCGUCAUGAAGAAGAACGUCGAGUUGAUUGUCAAGCAGAGAGAACGCUUACUCGCGGAGUUACCGAAGAUUCCUGGCAUCGGCAAAUUGCACGGCGGCACCGAGUCGAAUUUCUUGCUACCGUCGAAUGAGGUCGCGUUGGCUGUCUAUGAGGGUUUGGCGGAGGAGAAGGGCGUUGUGGUACGGUUUAGAGGAAAGGAGCAUGGGUGUUUGGGAUGCCUGAGAAUAACGGUGGGCACGGAGAAGGAGGUUACGAGAUUUUUGGCUGAGAUUAAGAUGGUGUUGGAGGGGGUUUAUAAGAACGCUGAGAAGAUGGGACAGAAGGAUGAGCAGCGGAAGGAGAAGGAGGCGAAUGAUGUGGUUGCAUGA